GCAUGACAUUUAGGAUAUCGUUACCGCAGCUAUGGAGAGGUACCACAUGUCAGAAACGUGGCUCGGUUCAGUCAGAAAAUGUGUAAGUUUCCGGUAGCUUGGGCCGUCUGUGUACAACAUUUACAUUGUGCAGCCGUGUCAAUAAGUCGUCGUCUCUGUGGUAUAAGUCAGAAUUUAGCAUUGCCUUACUUCGCGUUGUAAACACUGCUAGCUGACAGGAGCUAGCUAAAAGUUGAUUACCAGUAAUCAUGAGCUCCGCUCCAAAUCACGGCGCCGUUAGCGUGUCCAGCAAACCCGUCUCUGCUCUCUCAAUAGCCGAACACGUCCAGCAGGCCUUCAGUCAUGUGAAGAUAGAAAACCUGGUCGCGGGACUCAGUGGAGGUGUGGUGUCAACACUUGUGCUUCACCCUCUGGAUCUGGUCAAAAUCAGAUUUGCAGUAAGUGAUGGAUUGGAUUUAAGACCUAAGUACAGUGGCAUGUUACACUGUAUGAAGAGUGUUUGGCUGCAGGAGGGACUGAGAGGACUGUACCAAGGAGUGACGCCCAAUGUUUGGGGUGCUGGAGCAUCCUGGGGUCUCUACUUCUUGUUCUAUAAUGCAAUCAAAGGAUACGUAAAGCAGGAUCGUCAAACUGAACUGAGUGCCGCAGAGCACCUGGUGUCCGCAGCUGAAGCAGGCAUCCUAACACUCACCAUAACCAACCCAAUCUGGGUGACCAAGACCCGGCUGGUGCUGCAGUACAAUGCUGACCCAACCACUAAACAGUACAAGGGGAUGAUAGAUGCUCUGGUCAAGAUCUACCGCCAUGAGGGAGUGCCUGGACUUUACAAGGGUUAUGUUCCUGGUCUGUUUGGCACAUCUCAUGGAGCUCUGCAGUUCAUGGCCUAUGAAGAGUUCAAGAGAGACUACAACAAAUACAAGAAAGUGCCUUCAGAUUCGAAGCUGAAUGCAUUGGAAUACAUCACAAUGGCAGCAUUAUCCAAAAUAUUUGCUGUGGCCACAACAUACCCAUAUCAGGUGGUGCGAGCUCGCCUGCAAGACCAGCACAAUAGAUACAAUGGAGUUAUUGAUGUCAUCAGACGGACAUGGAGGAACGAAGGCGCCAUUGGUUUCUACAAAGGCAUCAUCCCCAACGUGAUUCGUGUCACUCCCGCCUGCUGCAUCACCUUCGUCGUUUAUGAGAAUGUGUCUUCCUUCCUUUUGGGACAAAAUAAAUGAAAGCGUGGCGUGGACAGCUGCAAAGACUCUGAGCCAUUCAGACAUACAGAGAGAAAAGCAUCUGACUGAAACCGAACUCUCGACACGGUGUACAUGUGAAUGUGCUGCCGUGAGAAUCGUUCAUUUGCACUAAAUGUGGAUGAAAAAGUUGCUAAACUGUGCAAUGGAAUAUGCUGUUUUCUUUGUUUGGUAGAUUGUUUUUUUUUUUUAAUACAAAUUCUGUGUUUUAGUGAACUGUGAUGAUGUUGAAGAUGGCAUCUGUCACUGACUCAGAUGCAUGACAGACACUUAUGGGAAAAAGUAUGUUGACGUACAUGCCAAAGGACAUGCUGCCAUGACUUUUGUCUUUCUCUUCUUUCUCUCUUUUUUACCGAUGCAUGUGUCAGCAUAUUAGCUCACGACAGAGGAGGUUGCUAAAUGUUUCCUCAUCGUUCUGUUUACAUUUGAUGUUUUCUGAUGGCAGAAAUAGAUACAGGCUGAAAUAUGAAAAGCUGAUUACCAACAGCAAAUCUUCUCAGGUUCCAGUCACCUGUAUGUGUAAAAGGAGUUUGUCUCUUAAAUUAUUCCCUUACAGACCGCAGAAAUAGAGGUGAUUUUAGUUCCUAUACAUUUAUAUCUCAAUUCAUACUUUUGUUCAGAUUAUCUUUGUUUGCUGGCAACAAAUUGUAAACUGCAUUGUCAGUAUUUGAUACCUAUAAAUACAUUAAAUGUUUUACUAUUGUAGCUACGCUGAAUUAAGUGCAUGGUAUUCCAGCGCGGCUAAACAAGCAGUCAUAUGGUUUUUGU